CAUGACCGGUAGAAACAGGAAGAAAGCCGUUCUGCUCGGGCUGCCGUGAGAGCGCUCGGUAAAGUGAAAACACGGGCUACUCUCAACCGUAGCUGCAGCUUUAUUAAAAGGACAUGGCUGCGACAAAACACGAGGACUUCACGGAACGACAAAGUCUGUCCAACUCCGUGACUGACUACGGCUCCACAGACAGCGUCAACCGCUCAGACAACAACCACGACAACCACGGGUUUCCCACGGCAAUGGCGGGUCAUUGGGUCGGGGCUGACCGGGAAGAGGAGGCCAUACGUAGGAAGUUGAAAUACUUCUUCAUGAGCCCGUGUGAUAAAUAUCACGCCAAGGGCCGCAAGCCUUACAAGCUGAUCCUGCAGAUGCUCAAGAUCAUCAUUGUCACGGCUCAGUUGGUGCUGUUUGGCCUCAGUAACCAGGUGGUGGUGACCUUCAAGGAGGAGAACACUGUGACCUUCAGACACCUCUUCCUCAAAGACUACGAUGAGUCCUCCUACGACUCCUAUGCUGUUUACACGCAGGAGGACGUCUACGAACACCUGUUCUACGCCGUGGAGAAGUACCUGGUGUUACCAGAGACCACAGUGGGACGCUACGCAUACGUCUACGGUGACAACGGCAGCGCGCUCUCCCUCUGCCAACAGUACUACAAGAAGGGAAGCAUCGACCCGGCCAAUGACACCUUCAGCAUAGACCCUCACAUCAGGACAGAGUGUGUUGGCGUGGACCCGCCGGCGGUCCCUCAUCCUCCACUCACCAGCUACAGGAACUUCACUCUCAAGUUCCACAAGCUUGUUAACGUCACCAUAGAGUUCAAGUUGAAGGCGAUCAAUAUACAGACCAUCAUCAACAACGAGAUCCCGGAUUGCUACACUUUCCACAUAACGAUAGUCCUGGACAACAAGGCUCACAGCGGCAUGGUGAAGAUCCGCUUAGAAAACGAGGCUUCCAUAAAAGAGUGUAAAGACCCCAGCGUCUCUGGACACGCGGAGAGCUACACGCGUCUGGCCUUCGACGUCGCCGUGGCGCUGGUGUGCGCGCUGUCACUGCUGCUGUGCGGACGCUCCAUUCUACGAGGCAUCACGCUGCAGCUGGAGUUCGUGCAGUUCUUCAGGGAGACCUUGGAUCGAAAGGUGUGCUGGGCGGACCGGAUGGAGUUCAUCAACGGGUGGUACAUCCUCCUCAUCGUCAGCGACAUCUUCACCAUCACCGGCAGCGUCAUCAAAGUGGGCAUCGAGUCCAAGAACAUGUCCUCGUAUGACUUGUGCGGCAUCCUGUUGGGGACCUCCACGCUCUUGGUGUGGGUCGGAGUGAUUCGCUACCUCACGUUCUUCCAGAAGUACAAUAUCCUCAUCGUGACGCUCCGAGCGGCGUUCCCCAACGUGAUUCGGUUCUGCUGCUGCGUGGCCGUCAUCUAUCUGGGCUACUGCUUCUGCGGCUGGAUCGUCCUGGGGCCGUACCACGUCAAGUUCCGUUCUCUGUCCAUGGUGUCCGAGUGCCUCUUCUCCCUCAUCAACGGGGACGACAUGUUCGUGACGUUCGCGGGGAUGCAGGAGACCAGCACUCUGGUGUGGCUGUUCAGCCAGGUGUACCUGUACACCUUCAUCUCCCUCUUCAUCUACAUGGUGCUGUCGCUGUUCAUCGCGCUCAUCACAGGCGCCUACGAGACCAUCAAGCACCAGACACAAGAAGCCCACCACAUCACAGACCUGCAUGCCUUCAUAGCCGAGUGCACGGACGCACCCAGCUCUGGGAAGUUCAGAGGUCUGGAGACGUCGCCGUGCUCCUUCUUCUGCUGCUGUGACAGAACGACGACAUACGAGGACGUCCUGCUGGUGAACUGACGUCGACCUCAGAAGCCUCACCGCCGACUCCCCUGCUGUCCACAUCGGUACACUGCACACGGCUCAUUGUCUCCGAACCUGCACACUGCGUCUCAGGUCAAACCUCAUCAGCAGCCACCAUCAGAUGGACCAGCCGUCUGUGGAAGGACUGUGUGACAAUCGCCUCCUCAUUGGACCUCGUGUCUGUCCUGCCCGUGAAGAAGACAGGACAGGACUGCGCAGCAUCGUGGAUGACCAGUGCCCAUGAAGUUCUCCGUUUCUUGUUGGUUUUUUAAAGAAAACCCGUUCCUGAUGUAUUUAAUGCUGAAACGGCAGCGCAGCCUAUUAAUAAGUUGCUGACUGUUUUCAUUUUUGUGUGUUUUUUUAUUAUUCUAAUAGUAUUUUAAAAUGGGUCACCUCCUGAGGAACAGGCACUUUACGUCCCACUAAAGAACUUUGGAAUCCUACCACUCCACAACGGGACACGUAAGAGGGGGGAAUCCACCUCGUCGUAGUCCCGUCUUUUUUGAGACCGUCGAGAAGAUUGCUUCCUUCAGAAGAACCGUCGGAAAACACGACCACAGGCAGACGUGUUUCAGAUUAGCUUUCCUCUCCGCUGAGCUGCUGCGUCAGUAUAAAGUUUCAAUCUUUAGUGGCGCUUCUACCGCACGAGCAUCACGCUGCCUUGUGGAUGUGAACAUUAGUGUGCCGCUGUGACCGAUUGUGCGCGAUACCUUUUGCGUUGUCUACGUAACGAUCGGUAUGAUGUCGCUAAUGAAGCACACAACAUCGCCUGCGUUCGCUGAUCUCCCUGAAUCCCCUGACGGGUUUCAGGGAAGAUGCUGCCAGAAACAUGUUGGCAUCUCCUUAUUAAUGUUGUGUCAAACUGAGUCAUGCUUUUUAGUCUGUUUGUUUUAUUUGUUGUCUCUAUUGCAGUGACUUGAUCUUCAGUAGAAGCGUGAAUCUCUGUUUGUCUUUGUAACGCACAAAACGCACAAUAUCCGAAAGUAGUUUCUUACGUGCUCCCGGCAGUAACAAGUUACUACAUGAUGGUAUUUUUUUUUUUGUCAUCUUAAAUUGUAUGAUAAAUCUGCAUUGCGACUUUUAAGCUAAAUAUGCUGUUGGGUUUUGGAUCCAUGGAAAACGUGCCAAAACCCGUCAUCGGCCUUAACUUAUAUUUUAAUGUCAGGCAUGUAGGUUUGAUCUAGUAUUAGAUAGAUGUAUCUUUCCUACAGUUUCAUGUUUUUGUCAAACAAAUGAUCUGCAUUUCAAAGAAAUGUAAACUGAAUUGAUAUACUUGGUGUCAUUUGUAUCGCCGAUCUACUGAUUUAAAUUUUCCAGAUCAUCUUUGAUAAUAAAACAUUGUUGUAUUUAA